UGUCAAGACCCAAUGGAACGUGGCCCGAGUGAGGGUGCGUGUGUCUCGGUACGGAUCGCGGCCCGAAUGAGGGCGCGUGUGUCUCGGUACGGAUCGCGGCCCCGUCUGCUUCCUGUCUGUCUCGAUCGUUGCGGGGACGCUCAAGCCGCCCGCUGUCGCUUGCUGGCCGGCCAAAAUACAGCGCGGAACGCCGGCGUCUCCUGCCUGCCCGCCUGGCCGCUGGGAACGAGUGUGGACGAGGGGCCGGAACGUGUGACCUUAGCGGGGCGACGACGGAAUGCCGGCGGUGUCGAAAGGGGACGGAAUGCGCGGCCUGGCCGUCUUCAUCUCCGACAUCAGGAACUGUAAAAGUAAAGAGGCAGAGAUCAAGAGGAUCAACAAGGAACUGGCCAACAUCCGAUCAAAAUUUAAAGGCGACAAGGCUCUCGACGGCUACAGCAAGAAAAAGUAUGUGUGCAAGCUGCUCUUCAUCUUCCUUCUGGGCCACGAUAUCGACUUUGGGCACAUGGAGGCCGUCAACCUGCUCAGCUCCAACAAGUACACGGAGAAACAAAUUGGUUACCUGUUCAUCUCGGUGCUGGUCAACUCCAACAGUGACCUGAUCCGCCUCAUCAACAACGCCAUCAAGAACGACCUGAGGAGCCGCAACCCCACCUUCAUGAACCUGGCGCUUCACUGCAUCGCCAACGUGGGCAGCCGCGAGAUGGCCGAGGCCUUCGCCAACGACAUCCCCCGCAUCCUCGUGGCCGGGGACACCAUGGACAGUGUGAAGCAGAGUGCGGCGCUUUGCCUUCUGCGCCUGAACAGGACGUCACCUGACCUGGUGUGCAUGGGCGAGUGGACGUCCAGGGUGGUCCACCUGCUCAACGACCAGCACCUGGGUGUCGUGACAGCAGCCACCAGCCUCAUCAGCAGGCUGGCCCAAAAGAGUCCGGACGAGUUCAAAACGUCCGUGUCGUUGGCGGUGGCCCGACUCAGCAGGAUUGUGACGUCGGCGUCCAUCGACCUUCAGGACUACACGUACUACUUUGUGGCGGCGCCGUGGCUCUCCGUUAAACUGCUGAGACUGCUGCAGUGCUACCCUCCGCCUGAGGACACGGCGCUGCGAAGUCGCUUGACAGAAUGUGUGGAGACCAUCUUGAACAAAGCCCAGGACCCUCCCAAGUCCAAGAAGGUUCAGCACUCCAACGCCAAGAACGCCGUUCUCUUUGAAGCCAUUUCGCUCAUCAUCCACCAUGACAGUGAGCCCACGCUGCUGGUGCGAGCGUGCAACCAGCUGGGUCAGUUCCUGCAGCACCGUGAGACCAACCUGCGCUACUUGGCCUUGGAGAGCAUGUGCACCCUGGCCAGCUCCGAGUUCUCCCACGAGGCCGUCAAGACGCACAUCGACACCGUCAUUAACGCUCUCAAGACGGAGCGAGACGUGAGCGUUCGCCAGCGUGCGGUGGACCUCCUCUACGCCAUGUGCGACCGCAGCAACGCCAAGCAGAUCGUGGCGGAGAUGCUGAGCUACCUGGAGAACGCCGACUACUCCAUCCGAGAGGAGAUAGUGCUCAAGGUGGCCAUCCUGGCCGAGAAGUACGCGGUGGACUACACCUGGUACGUGGACACCAUCCUCAACCUCAUCCGCCUCGCCGGGGACCACGUGAGCGAGGAGGUGUGGUAUCGCGUCAUCCAGAUCGUCAUCAACAGAGACGACGUGCAGGGCUACGCCGCCAAGACCGUCUUUGAGGCUCUUCAGGCGCCCGCCUGCCACGAGAACCUGGUCAAAGUGGGAGGCUACAUCCUGGGGGAGUUUGGCAACCUGAUUGCUGGAGAUCCGCGCUCCAGCCCGCUGGUCCAGUUCAACCUGCUGCACUCGAAGUUCCACCUGUGCUCGGUGCCUACGCGGGCGCUGCUGCUGUCCGCCUACAUCAAGUUCAUCAACCUGUUCCCGGAGGUGAAGGGCACCAUCCAGGAGGUUCUGCGCUCAGACAGCCAGCUCCGCAACGCCGACGUGGAGCUGCAGCAGAGGGCCGUGGAGUACCUGAGGCUCAGCUGCAUCGCCACCACGGACAUCCUGGCCACCGUCUUGGAAGAAAUGCCUCCUUUUCCAGAGAGGGAGUCUUCCAUCCUGGCUAAGUUGAAGAAGAAGAAGGGACCCGGCAAUCUGCCCGGCAUCGACGACACGCGGCGCAACGUGAACGGCGCUACGGAACACUGCAACGGCGAGAACGGCGACGCCGCCACCACGUCCUCUCCUUCACUGAUGAUGGCGCCUCUCGCCAACAGGCCCCGUCCCGCCCACUCUGUUCCCAUCAUGCUCUCUGCCGGCACGAUGAACUCAGCGCAUCCCUUCAACGACCUGCUCAACCUGAACUCACCCGCCGCCGCCGCCAACUCCAGUCUGCUGGUGGACGUCUUCUCGGACGCCACGCCGGAGCCCGCCUUCGCCUCCCCGCCUGUGCCCGACGUGUCUGACGAGAGUUUCGGCAGGUUUGUGUGUAAGAACAACGGUGUCCUCUAUGAGAAUCACCUUUUGCAGAUUGGCCUGAAGUCCGAGUACCGGCAGAACCUGGGUCGCAUGUACGUGUUCUUUGGCAACAAGACGUCCAGCCAGUUCCUCGGCUUCUCCUCGUGUGUGACCAGUGACGACACACUCCAAACUCAUGUGAACGUCCACGCCAAGGCGGUGGAUCCCGUGAUCGACGGUGGCGCUCAGGUUCAGCAAGUCCUCAACAUCGAAUGCGUGACGGAGUUCACCGACGCCCCUCUACUCAACAUCCAGUUCAGGUACGGCGGCGCAGCACAAAACAUCUCCAUCAAACUCCCCGUGAUGCUCAACAAGUUCUUCCAACCGACGGAGAUGACGACACAAGACUUCUUCCAACGCUGGAAGCAGCUCGGCCUCCCUCAGCAGGAAGUCCAGAAGAUCUUCAAGCCCAAACACCCGAUGGACACUGAAGUGACCAAGGCCAAGAUUUUAGGCUUUGGCGUGGCUCUGCUGGAGGGCGUGGAUCCCAACGCCGCAAACUUUGUCGGAGCUGGCGUGGUUCACACCAAAACCUCUCAGGUGGGAUGUCUUCUCAGGCUGGAGCCCAACACGCAAGCGCAGAUGUAUCGUUUGACUCUGCGGACCAGCCGUGACACCGUGUCUCAAAGACUUUGUGAUCUGCUCUCAGAUCAGUUCUAGAAGCUUCUUUGUACAGUGUAAAGUCUAUUUUUUUUUUUUUCUAAACUAUUUUUGGCACAUACAGUGAGUGCCACCAGAAAGUAUUCACACCCCUUCACGUUUUCUACAUUUUGCUCUGUUACAGACUUAUUCUGCAUUAAGUAUUCACACCCUUUGCUAUGACAUCUGAUUUCCACUGAUCAUCCUUGAGAUGCUUCUAAAACUUGAAUGGUACCCACCUGUGGUAAAUUCAGUCGAUUGAACAUCAUUUGGAAUGGCACACAGCUGUCUACAGUCUAUAAGGUCUCAUAGUUGGCAGUGCAUAUCAGAGCAGAAACCAAGCAAUGACGUCUAAGGAAUUGUCUGCAGGCCUCCGAGACCGGAUUGUGUCGAGGCACAAAUCCGGGGAAGAAUUUCAGCAACAUUGAAGGUCCCGAAAAGCACUGUGGUGGUCCCCAUUAUUCGGAAAUGGAAGAAGUUUGGAACCACCAGGGACCCUUCCUAGAUCUGGCCGUCCGACCGACCUGACUAACCAUUGAAGAAGGGCCUCAGACAGACAGGUGAACAAGAACCCUACGGUCACUAAGGCGGAGCUCCAGUGUUCCCUUGCAGAGGUCGGAGAACCAUCCAGAAGGUCAACCAUUGCUAACGCACUCCACCAAUCAGGCCUUUAUGGUACAGUGGCCACCUUAAGGAUUCUCAGACCUGCAGAAACAAAAUUCUCUGGUCUGGGGAAACGUUUUGGUAUACUUUUUGACCUGAAUUGCAAGUGUCAUAUCUGGAGAAGAAGAGGCACUGCUCAUCACCUGGCUAACACUAUCCCACUAUAACACUAACACUAUAACUUGCUCCAGAGUGCUGUGGAACUCAGACUAGGGCGUCGAUUCACCUUCAAACACGACAAGGACCCAAAUCACCCAGCCAAGAUAACAAAGGAGUGGCUUCAGGAGCAGCCUGCGAUUGUCCUCGAGUGGCCCAGCCAGAGUCCGGACUUGAAUCCGAUCAAACAUCCCUGGAAAGACCUAGAAAUGGCUGUCUACUGGAACUGCCCAUCCAACCUGACUGACCUUGAGAGGAUCUGCAGAGAAGAAUGGGAGAAAAAGCAGGUGUGCCAAGCUCGCAGAGACAUACCCAAGAAGACGUGAGGCUGGGAUUGCUGCAACAAAAUAUUACGCCAAGGGUGUGAAUACUUACGGACCUAUUAUGUUUACAUUUUCAAUAAAUUUGCACACUUGUCUGAAAACGUUUUUACUUUGUCAUUCUGGGAUAUUUUAUAUUUUAAAAGAAAACUAUACUCAAAUCUGCUUUAGAAUAACUACAACAUAGCAAAAUGUGGGGAAAAAAAGUGAAGGGGUGUGAAUACUUUCCGGUGGCAUUGUAGCUUUACGGCCUUUGACUCGCAACUGUCCACUUCUCCAAUGCGCCGACCUGUGGGCUGAGCACACUAUUAAAGUUUUUAUUUUUUUUUAAAAUUCAACUAAGGCUCUUGCCGUCUUGUCCCCAUUUUGCACGUGAGUAUGAUGUUACCAUGGCGACGGUGCUUUUAACACACCGGCGUUGUAGCCACGUUGUUGUUGUUUGCAGACCUUUAAAGCAACACGCGCACACACUUAGUACUGGAGCUCCCAAUGGUGCCUUUUACAUGAAACAAAGCACACUGCCUCACUACUUCUACCUGAAUGCAUUUCACAUGCUAGACACUCGAUGUUUCUAUUUUCUAAUGCUUGUCACUGCCUUAAGAGUGGUUUUGUUUGGAAAUAAACGCUUUCUCCUCUUAAA